GCCGACUCGUGAGUCGGAAGUCCCGCCCCGCGCCGUAUCUUCCUCCAGAAGUCCCAGGCGGCACCCCGCCGCUCGAAUCCCUCGCCCCCGCCGGACAGGAGUGCCUCGUCGGACCCCGUCCCUUCCGCCUUCUCGCCGACGAUGUCCAUCGUGACCGUUUGCGUGCGGUUCAGACCGCUGAGUCACAAAGAGAGGAAGGCAAAUGGUGACAAGGUCUGCUUCAAGAAAUUGGACUCGGAGUCUUUUGUUUUCAAGGAUGAGAGGGAAGAAGAUGUCAUAUUCAGCUUCGACAAGGUGUUCUAUGAAGAUGCACAACAGUCUGAUGUCUACAACUUCCUUGCAGUGCCCAUUGUUUCAGAUGCCAUCAAUGGAAUAAAUGGGACUAUAAUUACUUACGGUCAGACUGGGGCUGGAAAGACAUAUAGCAUGGAGGGGCCAAGCAUCUUGCAUUGCAAUGAGCAGAAAACUGGACUAGUACAACGAGUCGUAGAAGAGCUUUUUGAAUGUUUAAGAUCAUCAUCAAGCACGUGGACGGUGAAGUUGUCAAUGGUGGAGAUAUAUUUGGAAAAAGUAAGGGACCUUCUUGACUUGUCCAAAGACAAUCUACAGAUCAAGGAGAGUAAAACCCAAGGGAUUUACAUUUCUGGGGCAACAGAGAUAUCUAUCAUGAACAGUUCAGAUGCCUUGGAAAGCCUUUCUCAAGGAAUUGCCAACAGAGCUGUUGGAGAAACACAAAUGAACCUGGCUAGCAGUAGAAGUCACUGCUUAUACAUUUUCUCAGUACAGCAUGGAUCCACUUCAGAUGAGAGGGUAAAAGCUGGGAAGAUUAUUCUUGUUGACUUAGCUGGUUCUGAGAAAGUUGAGAAAACUGGUGCUGAAGGACGGGUUCUUGAUGAGGCAAAAACAAUCAACAAAUCCCUCUCAGCUCUAGGAAAUGUUAUCAAUGCUCUAACGACUGGUAAACCGAACCAUGUGCCUUUCCGUGACUCAAAGCUUACACGCAUUCUCCAAGAUGCAUUGGGUGGCAACUCAAGAGCAGCAUUGCUGUGCUGCUGUUCUCCCAGUCCAUCAAAUGCAUCAGAGAGUCUCUCUACCCUUCGUUUCGGAACCAGGACAAAGCUCAUAAAGACUACUCCCAAAUCUAUUCCUGAGGUGAUGGAUAACGUUAAGAAGCCCAUCCUCGAGACUCACAAUCAAGAUGAUCUGCGUGACAGAAUACUGAGCAAGCUAAGGUUGCGCCUGAAGGAGGAAGAUGUCGACCUCCUGGAGGAACUGUUCCUGCACGAAGGAAUCAUCUUUGAUCCCAAUUCCACCGCGGACAUCGUCUCGGCGUGCCAAGAUACUGCAAGUGAGGAGAUCUCGUUGCUCAUGCAAGCUGUGGAAGAGCUCAAAGAAACUGUGGAAGAGCUCACGGACGAGAACGAGAAGCUGAGGUGCGACCUCGAGGUGGCGCAGGAGAUCGCCGCUCAGGCUCAGCAUGCCGCGGCCACCGGGGCUGGCACCUGGCUCGGGUUCGUACCAGCGGCCCUCCUCCGCCCCUUUGGGUUCGUACCAGACUACACGACAAGAGCCAAUGUCCUGUGAAUCCUGACAUCACAUUCGAGGAACUGAUGAGCGGAUCAUAUCAUACGCUUGUACUAGCACAGGUUAUGGUACAGUAGUUGUAUGCUGCUGGUGCGUCCGCUUGUAUGCCUUCUUGCUGUGAUACAUAGAAACCUUGCUGACGAGCUGAAGCUUUUGCCCAGUAUCCUUGUGUUAGUAACUUGGUUUCGAUAUGAUCGCUGGGGACUCCGGGCAGCAGGCAAAGCAAAAUUUGGGCCUGUUUUUCUCGGUCCUCAGAGCUAGGAGGAUCGUGGAUUUUCCCUAUUUUUCAUGUGCCACGUGACGCUACAGUCGAAAUGUGGAAAAUUUUCUUGAUUCUUAUGGACAUUUGGUUUUCUCGUGUGAAAUUCUUGUGUUUGAAAACUAGCCCGAUUAAUUUGGGAAUUUUGCA